AUGACCACCGAAGUCAACGCCUCCGUUCUGGGAGGCACUGUGCUCAACGCUGGACCCCUGGGCACCGACACGACGUACGGAAAGCUGCCACCGCUGAACCCUGAUGACUUGAAGCUUCCGCCUCCGCCUCCAUCGGCUGCCGACAAGGUGACCCACACUGCCGACGCCAUCUCUAUCAGCGAAGUGUGGGCGGAGAUCAAGGCCAAGACCCGGGAAAUCAUCCUAGGCUCGUCGGUGACUGGCGUGUUGUCGGCCAUGCGUAUCGUUAAUCUGGUGAUGGCUGGCUGCAUGAUCGGACUGGCGGUUGGACAGAUCAUCCAGUCAGACUCGGCCUUCUCCGUCAUGGCAGACGCACUCUCAGUCAUCUACACCAUCUUCUUCGCAUUGAUUUUGGUGGGGUACGAGUUGCGCACGGCCUACAUCGACAAGCUGCUGCGUGGCAGCUUCGGCUUCAUGUACAGCCCAUGGGGUCGAUGCCUCUUCCUGAGCAUGAUUUCCAUCUUCCCGUUCGGCAUGUGUGGCGUCUACGGCAUUCUCGUGUCACUCGCGGGCUUCUCCAAUGCCUACUUCAACUACUUUGUCAUCAUGAAGCACCCGUCAUUCACGCGAGGCGUCCCGGAGUACACCCCACCCGAGGAGACUCCGGCUGCCAAGUCCCAGACGAUCACGGAGGAGGACACCACUGUCUAA